UAACACCUGAAACCUACACGCCCUCAACCACCUUCAAAUCAAAAGCCCUUUGUUGUCCGCGGGGAUUCCGUUUAAUUUUUCAUUUUAGUAACUCAUACAAGGAAAGCGCUGCAACCGAUGGCAGAAUACUGGAAAUCAGCACCAAAAUUCUGGUGCAAACAAUGCAAGAUAUAUAUUCGCGACACGGCCUUCGAAAAGACGCAACAUGAAGCGACAGGAAAACAUCAGAGCAACCUGAAGCGGUUCCUACGAGAAAUCCAUCGCGACAACGAGCGGCAGCAACGAGACUCACAGCGCGCAAAGGACGAAGUCGAGCGGUUACGGAAUUCGGUCGCUGGCGGUGGGAAGGCGGGAAAUGAUAAUUCGUCAUGGAAGAAGGGAUCAUCUGCUGCAGCUGCGCCGACUCCGCAGCGACCUGUUUCGGUGGAAGAGCGGAAAAAGCAGAUGGCGCAGCUUGCGGAGAUGGGGGUUGCGAUCCCAGAUGACUACAGGAGUGAGAUGGCAUUGGCGGGGGAUUGGCAGACGGUUUCUGAGAAGGUUAUACAGCCGGAGGAGCAGGAGGGGGAAGAGAAACAGCCUACCCUUGGGGUACGGAAGCGGAAGCACGAUUUGGAUAUAGAUGAGGAGGAAGAGGAGGCGAAGCAGGAGGCUGAGCGGUUUGUUAGUAAGGGCUGGGGAUCAAGGACGCGGCAAUAUCCUGGUGCGAAGGAUGAAGAGGAUGACGAUUUGGAUGCGCUUCUGGCUUCUACAAAGGAAGUGAAGAAGACCAAGGAUUUGGGGACGGGGGAAGGCGAAGGCACGCCAGCCGAAGAAAAGUCCCAGACGGAGGACCGCCCGAGCGAUGGGACACCAGCUAAGGAAGAGGAACCUUCAACAGCCAACACGGGCGUGGUAUUCAAGAAACGCAAGCCCAAGGCCAUGAAAAAAUAGACAAAUGGACCGUGGUCGAGUCUGGAUCCAAUGCUGGAUAUGGGCUGACAAUGCCAAGCAGGAACCAAUGUAGAUGCGUAGAUGCGUAGAAGUGAGUGACUACGUGGGUGCCAAUGCGUAAAUACGUAGAAUACGACCAGAACUGCAAAGAGGUUGCUGGGGCGAGUAUACUGUUGUGAAGAUAUAGUGUUGUUGCCACCGUUGGCCUUUCCCG